ACCCAGAAGCCUACUGGCCGCACGUCCAAUGAAGGCCCAGGAGAGCUGCGUUUUCGUGCGUGAGAAAGGCGACUGGGCGGGCCUGGCAUCCUCCUUGCAAUCGGCAUUUUCUCACUUUUUGUUAGGAUCUACACAAGCCGGGGCCUUUGAAUGCUUGGUUAGGCCGGAGGCGGAGGCGUUGUCCUCGUUUCGUGGAGACAAAUCCGAGGCUCGGCGUUGGCGACGCCCACCGUGGCCCUGCCGCUGGGGUGAGACUUGGGACAGCUGUGGUUGCGUCCCCGACCUAGAGCCGGCGUCUCCCGCCCCGCCCACAGAGUCCGAUGGCGGUGGCUGCGCCCAGGGCUGUGUGAUCUCUGAGGACGUGUUUGUGUACUUCUCGUGGGAAGAAUGGAUGCUCCUUGAUGAUUCUCAGAGACUUUUAUAUCAGGAUGUGAUGCUCGAGAACUUUGCACUUUUAGCCUCACUGGGAAUUGCACCCUCCACAUCACGCUUAGUCGCACAACCAAAGCAAAGGGAAGAUCCCUGGGUGCCUGACCAGGUGGAUGUGACCCCAGCCACAGAAAGAGAGGCUCAGAAGGGACCUGGACCUGGUUGUUGGUGUGCAGUGGAGGAUAAUGAUACAUCCUCUGUCUCCUCAGAAGGAGUGUCACGGGUCAGGACUCCUGAGGCAGGUGUGAAGACCCACCUAUGUGACAGCUCUGGCUCAGUGUUGAAAGAAAUCUUAUACCUGACUGAACGCCAGCAGGGAGAGGCCAGGCCGAAGCCGCCCGCAGUGGGGGCGCGCUGGAAGCAAUGGUGGCUCAGUGCCAGCCUCCAUCAGCACCAGAAGCAGCCCACUGGAGAGAGGCCCUUCCGAAGAGGUGAGGGCAGGGCCUCCGUGAAAAGCUGCAGACCCUACGUGUCAGAGAAGACCUCCAUGUGCACGGAGGGUAGAAUGGACUUGCCAGCCCCCUCUGGACUUCCUCAGCACCAAGUCCCCUGCAUGCCUUUGAAGCCCUACAAGAGCACCGGGCUUGGCGGAGCCCUUCACACUGGACAGAGGCAUCACAGGUGCACUGAAUGUGGGAAAGUGUUCACCCGCAAAGACACGCUUACGCGGCACCAGAGAAUCCAUACUGGAGAAAGGCCUUAUGAGUGCAGCCAGUGUGGGAAACUCUUUAGCCAAAGCUGUGACCUUUUCAAACACGAGACCAUACACACUGGAGAAAGGCCGUAUGAGUGCCGCGAAUGUGGGAAAUUUUUUAGACAAAUCUCUGGCCUCAUUGAACAUAGGCGAGUUCACACUGGCGAAAGACUCUAUCAGUGCAGCAAUUGUGGAAAAUUCUUCAGUAGUAAGUCUAACCUCAUUAGACACCAAGAAGUUCACACAGGAGCAAGGCCGUAUGUAUGCAGCACAUGCGGGAAAGAGUUCAGCCGCAAACACACGCUCCUUCUGCACCAGAGAACUCACACUGGAGAGAGACCUUACGAGUGCAGUGAGUGUGGGAAGGCCUUUAGCCAGAGCUCUCACCUUAACGUGCACUGGAGAAUUCACAGCAGUGAUUAUGAGUGCAGCAGAUGUGGGAAAGCCUUUAGCUGCAUCUCUAAACUCGUUCAGCACCAGAAAGUUCACUCUGGAGAAAAUCCUUACGAGUGCAGCAGGUGUGGGAAAGCCUUCACCCAGAGGCCGAAUCUGAUCCGGCACUGGAAAGUUCACAGUGGAGAGCGGCCUUAUGUGUGCGGCAGAUGUGGGAAAGAGUUUAACCGCAAACACACAUUUGUUCUCCAUCAGAAGAUUCACACAGGAGAGAAGCCUUAAUACUGCAGCAAUUGUGGGAGAUCCUUUAGUCAAUGCCCCAACUUAUAGUUCAUUUGAGUAUUCCCAGCAGGGAUCGUGUGUGCAUCGGACAUAGGACAGCCUUCACCCAAAGACUAAACCAUUUUCAGCACGGGAAAGUCUACCCUGGACAAAGGCC